UGGGUGAGUUGCCUCGAGUAGAAACGCAUUAAGAAAAAAUAAGUGGCCCAUACUGGUCGAUAAACGUCCGAAGUCCACAAAAAUUGGUGUGCUAAUUUUGCGUUCCAUCCCAUUCGAGGUCAAUUUGUGCAUAUCCGUGUGCAAGAGAGUGAAGAAAAAUAAGUGCUUAUUAUCUGCAAAUAGAAAGAUCGUGAAAACCACAGCCUAUUUUUACAACAAUACUACUCAAUUAGCCAACCAGCAAAAGUGGAAAAUCACCAGCAGCACGAGAAAGCAGCAAUUGUGUGCGCGCGUGUGUUGGUGUGUCUGUGCGUUCGUAGCUGAAAAAGAAAAGCAGCCCCGCUCGCGUGUGUGUGUGUGUGCACUGUGCUGGUUGUGUGAGCGAGAGUGUGUUUCUGUAGGUGCACGUGUGUAUGUGUGAAGUUUAAUAGAAACGUGUAAAUUGUGCGUGUGCAGAAAGUGGUGCAGGCAGAGGCGCAGUGGGUGAAGUAACACGGAGCAGACGAAGGCGACAUAGGAGCAGACAAGAAGGAAGGAGGCGAAGGAGCAGCAGCAGCAGCAAAAAUGCACACGUUCAGUGAGACAGGCUCAGUGCCUGCAUUUCUGGCGAAACUAUGGCGCCUGGUCGAAGACAGCGAGACGAACGAUUUGAUAUCGUGGAGCACGGAUGGGCGAAGUUUCAUCAUCCAAAAUCAGGCACAGUUUGCCAAAGAGCUGUUGCCGCUCAAUUACAAACACAACAACAUGGCAAGCUUCAUUAGGCAGCUGAAUAUGUAUGGUUUCCACAAAAUCACCUCGAUCGACAAUGGCGGUCUGCGGUUCGAUAAGGACGAGAUGGAGUUCACCCAUCCGUGCUUUCAGAAGGAUCACCCGUACCUGCUGGAGCACAUCAAGCGCAAGAUCGCGACGUCGAAGCAGCAGCAGCUGCAGGCCCAGCAGCAGGCCGAGGACAAGAGCGCCCUCAAGCUGGAGGCGGUCAGUCGCGUGCUGAGCGAGGUGAAGAAUAUGCGCGGCCGGCAGGAUACGCUCGAUUCGCGCUUCCAGACGAUGAAGCAGGAGAAUGAGGCCCUGUGGCGCGAAAUCGCUAUCCUGCGCCAGAAGCACCACAAGCAGCAGCAGAUUGUCAACAAGCUCAUUCAAUUCCUGGUGACGAUCGUGCAGCCAUCCCGCAGUGGACUGGGCUCCAUGAACAAUGGAAGCAACAAGCGUCGCUUCCAGCUGAUGAUCAACGAUGCGCCGCAACAGGCAAAGCUGAAGAAGUCCGAUUACGACGAUGGUGGUGCCACGAUCGAGGAGCUAAACGAAGCGCUCGAGGAGGUCGCGUACGCUAAUCAGCAGGAAUUGUUGUCAAAGCAAGACAAGGGCAAGAAACACGUUGUUCCCAUCGUAACCGGUCAGAUUGUUCGCACGUCUCGGUCCGCCGGGGAUGCGGGAGCUAAUACGUCCACUUCCUCCUCCGCCUCGGGUUCCGCCGUUGUUGGGAAGAGCGUAAAGCCGCCUGGCGGCAACAGUGUCGGUAGUGUAAUCUUUAAGAAACUGAACGGCGUUAGCGUUGUUAGGAAGGAGAAAAGCUCGCCAGGCGACCAAACGAAGGGGACCAGGAAUUCGGAAAUACCGGAGGUUAGCUCGCCGAUGUCGAUCCCGGAGCGGUCCCCGUACCAUCGGACCGCGACCCCGUCCAUGUCCGGCGGUAGCAGCUCGCGCAGCACCAGCAGCAGUGUCAGCGGCACUGGCAGCGGCGGCGGUGGAGGAGAUGGCGGAGGCGGCUUGAACUUCAACGGGGGCAACGAAACGAUCGAGGAGAUAUUUUCCACCUCACCGAUUCCGUUCCGCACCGGCGGCGGCGAUGGUGCCGAUGGGAUGCGCAGCUCGUUCGCGAAGGUCGUAAAGAUGGAGCGUCAGGAUCAGGAUCAGCAGCAACAGCAGCAGCAAAAGAUCACUACCCGUUCGAGAAACGCGAGCAAUCGGGGCGGCGGCAGCAGCAGCAGAGUUGCUGGCACUCCGGCGAACCUUAUUCAGCUGAUCGAAAGCACCAUCGACAGGGAUGAGCUAGAAAACUUCGUCGAUGGUGGUGAGCCGCUGGAGGAAGGCUACGAUGACGAGGAGCACGGGUAUCUGGUCGACCAUGUGGACGAGAUGGAUCCGGCGAUUGUGCAGCUCUACAAUCAGGAUAACGAUAGUGAGAUGCUAAACACACCGAUGGUGAUUAAGGAGAUGGAAAAGCAGCAACAGAAGCAGCAGCAGCAGCAGCUGCUGCAAAAGCAACGCCAGCCAGCCGGUGGAAAGGGUGGCGAAAGCUUGCUGAAAGGCAACGGUGCUGCGGCCAACCGGCGCAACGAAGGGCAGCUACCGGCCGGCCAGCGAGCGCAGGGCAGAAGCUUACUUUCUGCCGGCACCACGGGAGCAUCAUCUACCGCCAAGGCAGGUGGCAGUGGCUUGAAAGCUUCCACCGCUACUGCGGCACCCGCUAACGCGCCACUGAUUUUGACGCGUGGUGGCAAAAAGUUGGCAAUGGCCAAGAAGCAAACAAUUACCAGCAACGAGCAGCAGCAGCAGCAGCAGCAGCAGCAACAGCAGCAACAGCAGCCAUCACAACAGGAAGAUGCGUCAUUGGCCGGUCCUUCGGGCUUCACUGGUACAUCCACUUCGCCCGUUGGAACGGGUGGUCUGUCGUUUGCCAGCGGCAACGGCUACAUCCCAGCGAGUGACGUAGUGCCGCGGGACAUAUUCGAGGACAGUAACGAUCCGGACGGAGUUGUCAAGAACGAUUCGCCGAUGCUUAGCAGCGGGUUUAAUUUUGUCGACGGAGGCUACUACAACCCGAACGUGAACAUAAGCCAGUUGAAGGCCGGUCGACAGCAGCAGCAGCAGCAGCAGCAACAGCAGCAGCAACAGCAGCAGUCACCGCCCUCGGGCCUCCAACUGCUCAACGAUGACGGGGAAGAGUUCGACGAGAAUUCGCUCGAUUCGUCCCUGCUGCUGAACCGGCAGGUUGCUAACGAAACCGACCAGCAGCAGCAACAGCAGCAACAGCAACAGCAGCAAGAGCAGCAAGAGCAGCAGCAACAAUUAUCCAAGUUUGUCAGCAAUGAUCUAGACGUGUCCCGUCUGAACACGGUGGCCGAGUACGGGCAGCACAUCGACACGGUGCAGAACGAUCUGGAGUCGCUGAAGGAGCUGCUCAAGGGCGAAGGCUACCAGCUCGACGCGAACGCACUGCUCGGGAACGCAUGCUCUAACGCUCCUCCGUUCGGACGCGUGUACUUCCCGUCGUGCCCGUUCGAUCUGGAUACCAUCAAUAAGGUUAGGACCGAUCUUUUCAACAACAACGAAGACAUGCUGGGUUAUGAUUUUCCGAUGAACCUUCCGGACAUGAUGACCGACGAUCAGCAGCAGCUACUGCACCAGCAGCAACAGCAACACGUUCAGUCGUUGCUACAGCAACAGCAGCAGCAGCAGCAGCAGCAGCACCAGAGCGGUGGCAGCAACAACAGCAGCGACAAAUCCGGCUCAUCCAGUAGCCCGACACCCGGCGGACACAUUUCGCCCGUCCCGUCAGCACACACGCAGCUGAUGUCGUACAAGCUGCAGGGCGGCGGUGAUUUCGUCGGCGGUGGCGCAAAUAACGGUGGCGCAAACGGUGGUCUCCUCGGGCUCGGGCUUCAGCAUGGCCCGGGUAGCAACAGCAGCAGCCGCAGCAGCGUCAGCAGCAACAGCAGCAUGCACAGCAACGGCAACGUCAACGGUGGUGGUGGUGGUGGAAACGGUCUCAUCGGUCCCGGCGGCACCCUGGGCAUCGUGUCGGGCGACUACAUCGAUCUGAACGAGUUGCUCAACAUGGACGGCCACUGCGGCGGUAACGAUGAGGAACAUUCGCUAGUCGCCUAAGCAGAAUGCGGGCAGCAGCGGGAACGAUACCCACGACCUUCUCCACGAGGAGGCAGCAGUGCAUUUCUUCAAUUUCUUCAACCUGCUCGAUCUAUUCGAUCAUUCGACAAAAAUAUUUGACAAACAACACACAAAUACUAUGAAAAUGUCUAUGAACCGCCCCAUCCACAAAGGGGGGCAUGAUGUGAGUGUGUGUAUAUGUGUCUCACUGUUGUAUGUUGUUAUCGAUGUGGUCCAACCCAUCCCAUCCACCACCGCCGGCGCAAUGUUGCAGCGUUGCCUGCUGACCGUAGAGAAGAUGCGGAGAGAUUGCGGCAGCCAGGAAGCAGCAGUAACGGCACACACAGAAGACAAAUCGGCUAGCUAAAGGCCUGUGCGAAAGGCAAAAAGCGUCCAAAAUUCAACCUUUAACCGGAACCACGACGAACCGAGAGUGAGAGAGAGAGAGGCCCGUGAGUUUAUAUUAAGAAAAAGUUCGUUUAAAAAAUAAUGUUAACUGCAAAAUUAACGCAUAUGUAAAACGUAGGUAGUAGGUGAAUGAAACGUGGGUAGUAGGUAGGCAGCAAACUUGUCAGCAAAAGCAAAACAACCAUCAGAACCCGUUACACAACAUUUGGCGCAAUAGUACAGUGCUCGUUUUUGUUUCGUUUUGUUUCAAACGAAGAUUUCGUUUCUCCAUAUGUGUGUAUACUAAAAAAAACCAUUCCCCCGACCAAGAGCGAAAGGUUUUGUAGUGUGCCACCCGUUUCAGGGUGCGAAAUCCACACGAAAGCGAAAUGGUUUCGUGCGUCUGUAGAGCACGUGGGAGGACGACAUUUCGUCAUCGUUUGCAUCCCAACACUGUCUGGAUGAUCGUAUUAAACGUCCACGUGGGCUCCAAAGAGCGUUGGCUCGAAAAUGUUCUUCUUGCGUUAGUAAAAAUAAGCCCCAAGAAGAAACUAAACUAAAAACAAUGAUGGGCGAAUGGAUCUCUUUGUUGUUUAAGAAGGGGCGUGUGCGUAAAUUAUGGCGCCUUUCCGAGCAGCGCGCAAAAGUGUGCGCGUGUGUGUGGACGUAUUUGUGUUUCGAGUUUUGCCACACCUUUCCCUCUACACAUUACAUAAACUGCUCAAGCUACUAAAGGAGAUACCCUCUCCCCCUAAACGAGGGAAGAAUGAUAUUAUGAACGAAAGUGAAACUUUGAAUAACGAGGACUCAAAGUCCUACAAGGACAGGAACAUUUUUAUACACGAUAUAUAUAUGGAGGAAUGGCGACAAAGGUGCGACAAAACAAGCGCAAGUAGAAGGGGAGAACUGAGAAAACUUGAUAUAAAAUAACAAGCUCGGCGUACAAACACAAAACAAAAAAACACAUGAAAAACUUAAACAUUAAAACAACUCUGUCGCAUAUGCAGGCGUUUAUAGUGUAGAGAGAAGGCACGUAAAUCACUGCAGAACAAUGCAAAGCGAACAUAAACAUAAAAACUCAGGAAGAAAUGACACAUGCCCGUGAGUUAGUAGUAGGAACAUAAUGGUGAAGGAAUUCGUUGCAACAGGUGUACGCGUAAUGUGUGUGUGUACAUGCGUACGACCGAAAGUAAUCUUAGACAGAUGGCUAUAUAUCUUUUAUCUUUUUGUUAAUUAAUACACGGUGUGUUAAGUUUGUUCUUGAAAUGUAAGCGAAGCACGAGAAAAUGCUUUUUAGGUUAAGCUUGUUGUUUUUUUUUUGAUUAAGAUUCUCUUUUUAGUUGUCCAAGCAAUUAUGUUGUGUGCUUGUGUGUGUGCGUUGGUUUUGUGGUAUUUUUUGUUCGAUUAAUGUACAUUUUGUAUUUAAGAUUUGUCUAGUUUUGUUUUUUUUUAUUACCACAACAGAAACCAACCCUCUAAGCGCAACACGGGAUUGCACGGUGAAAGUGCAAUUUUGUAGGGACUUUUUUGAUCUAACAAUUAUGCUUGAUUGUCUCUGUCCAUUUCCAUUGGACAAAGGCACAGCACGACGCGCUUGAGACGGGCACAAUGUGAAGUUCCUGUGUUCGUGCGUGUGUGUGCGUGUGUGUAUAGCACAAACUGAUGCUAUGGUUCAAAGGAGUUUUCUUUUCUCUGCAACGAGAAUGUUAAAAAAUUUAACAAAUUCAAAAACAGAGCAAAAUACAGCUCGAAAGUAAAGCCCUACCCUGCUCCCCUUAAAGAAUGUGUACAUAGAACAAGAAGGAUGGGCAGAGGGAUGCUAGUUGCUGGUAGUUUGGCACACGGCGGAAAGGAAAUGUAAUCAUGAAAUCGUGUACCUGAAACAUUCAGCGAACUAGGACAGUUGUUAGUAGUAGGUAGUGUGCACAGUGCGUGAACAGCACAAAAUGGAGCAAGGAGAGGAAGGACAUAGCAAGAAGAGCAUGGCGUACAGGGCACCGUUGACCGCAGUUCUUUCUCCGUCAGUCGAUUAGAUUAGUGCAAAAAGAGGUUUGGUUUCAGCAUGAAAGCUUAUGUCACUCUCCCGCUCCUCCUUAUACACACACGUGGUCGGUCGGUGACGGACGCUACUAAAGGUGCGUCAGAGGCUACAACCAGAGGAAACGUACCGUAGCCACCCCAAAACAAACAAAAGAAGGACGCAAAUAGUUUUUGUUUAAUCAUUAAGUGUUUGAUUUUAGCGUUGUAUAUUUUUUUUAAACUGUAUUAUUUUUAUAUUCUGCGCGCGCCGCGCUCGUGUUGGCGCGCAAAAACGUUGCGCAACGCAGGCGUAACUUUGGUGAAGGAACAAACACAAACACAUUACACAUUAAACGUAAGGAAGGUAAUGUUCUAUGUUAUUAUUGUCUAAAGAAAUAGACUAGGUAAACAAAACUCCUAUUGCAAGCAACACAAAACAUAUAUUACUAUUAAAACGCUCCCGCUAUAUUCUAACUAAAACGGUUUAAGCGUGGUUGAGCGUCCCUUUACCUUUACCCUCUCCCCCUCCCCUCUUCAACAUACGCACUGGAGCACAGGUAGUGUUGCAGACGUUACUCAUUGGAUUUUGACGCUCUCGAACACAGGGAUAGGCGUUUACACACCGCUCCUAUGCUAUGCUAUAAUACCGUGCGUUGCGUGUUUGCAUUUGAAAAAAGGAGAACGUUAAAUGCUCUAAUACUAACUAACCUUCCCAAAGUAGGAAGAGGUUGUUUGCUUUAAGAAAUGUAUGAUUCGUUGUAAACAAAAAAGAAUGAAAAAGCUAUCCAAUUACCGUGUUUUGCGCGCAUUCGUGUUUUCUUGUAUUUUGGGCCAACUUCCCUUUGUUUGUAUUUCGCCGGUUAACUACCGAUAAAGAAAGUGAUUCAAAAUUCACCACCGGGUUGCUUUGUCCUGAGGUUCGUUGCGUCAAACAGAGGUAGUUUAAUUUGAUUAAAGUGCGCGAAAACAACACACAGUGCGUUCCGCAAAAUAGCAAGCAAGCAAAUACAUUAGGAGGGGACAGGUGAAAAGUGUGUGCACACGGUUGUUAGUGUGUCAGGUGUGCUUUAACGUUACGCACUGAUACGAAAUAAUCCAAUUCAGGUAAUAGGAUGUAAUAUGUGAGUAUAAAGAAACAAAAAAAAAAAAGGUUGAGUAAGAGUUAAUCGCUAAGAACACAAACACACUGUAUUCUCCCGUUUGAAGUCAAAUAUACGGUCUUAUGAGAAUUUAACGCAUGGUUUAA